UGUUGAAAUUCAAAUGAGGCGAACUCGCUCCGCGCGGUGCGGCACCGACAGAGAGGUCGAGGUAGGGGUGAGUUAGGCUGGGCUGCGCUCGCAGCCUAGGCAAAUCCGAGGUUCCCGGGGCGGGGUCGAACCCGCGGCCAACUGGAGCCAUGGAGAUUUAAAGAGCUCGGAUCCCCGCAUCCAGCCCCAGGAUGGCUACCGAGCAGUGGUUCGUGGGGCCGCUUCCCCGGGGCCCUGAGGAAACGCCGCCCCGGGACGACUUGGAACCUGGGGUACAGCCCUGUGAAGACCCCUCGUGGUCGACGCCCCCUGUCCGACCUGGGGACCCACCCCAGGCGGAGCCAGAGGACGUCCAGGAUCAGCAGCCCGAGGCAUGCCCGUCUACACCUUCCCCCGAGCCUCUAGCCCCGGGCCCCGCACCUCCUCGCUUACCCUUGGACACCAUGUUCAGCCCCAUUACCGAACAGCUCCGCUACCUGCUCAAGAAGGCAGAUGAUUUCCAAAGCUACUUGCUCUACAGCAGGGACCGAGUCCAAAAGGAACAACUGGCGAAGGCCAUGCCCACCUUCUUAAAGAUGUGUGAGCCCUAUUUCCUGUACCUGGAGGCGGCUGCACGGAGCGUGCCCCCCAUCUAUGGAGCCCUGCAGGAGCUGGUCCGAAAGGGGCUGUUAGAGAUCUCCCAACAGCUGACCCUACGCCUGGAACAGCUGGUACUCAUGUAUGCCUCCUUUGGGUUCGUGGACCUGGAGGACACUGACCCCCUAAGCAUCUCCUGUUUCUUCUGCGGGAGGUUCUCCAUCAGUCCUUCCCACGAGGUGUCCAUCUUCAGAUACUGUGCCCCUGCCGCCUACACCGCCAGCCGCUUCCCCCGGUACCUCUAUAAGAAGAUGCGCUGGAACCUGGAAACCACCCCAGAGUCCAGCAGCCGGUGGCAAGAUUCCCAUGUGGAUUACUACUUCCUGUGCUAUCGAGAUACAUGGGAAGACACAGGCAAGAGUCCAGCCAAUUCGUGCCCUCAGAUUCAGAAGCUGUGGUCCAUCGGCAGAUGGGUGCCCCUAGGACCAGCAGAGGAUGACCUUUAUUCCUGGAUUUUGUGCCCGCAGCCGCCUGGGGACUACCAGCAGCUGCUGACCAUUGGCUUCGAGGAGCCGUCACACAUGCUGGCCACCGACCUGCUGGUGCAGAUCCUCACUGGCCAGACAGGCCCGGCCAGGCCCCCGAGCGCGGUCGGCCCCGCGGCGUGGGCAGCGCAGGGGUCUUGAACCUGGAAAGAGGGUGGGAGAUGGAGCUUGACAGUUCCAAACUCCCGGAGAGCCGGCACAGGUAGGGCUCGCUCGUUCUCCAAGUGCAACUCGGCCUCACCUUCCAAGGGGCCAUGCCGAACUGGCCAGUCCGCUGCACCGAGUUCGGCCGGGCCGUGGAGCCCCGCACGCGGACGCACCAGUUUAGUGUUAAAUAAAAGAAAGA